GUAGAAUUUCCCCUGGUAUUUUUAUCGCCCUAAACUCGUGUAACUAUCAGCAACAGGUCAUUACCAUCAGGCCAGCUCUGAGCCAGGAUUAAUCUUAUCCAGGUACUGAAGCUGGGCAUCAACGGGUCCAUCCUGAAACACAUCUCUUCCAUCCACCUCCUCCUCCCGCAUGCUCAUCUAGCAUGCUGCCUCUCAGGAUGUUGGGCUUCCUCAUACUCAUGUUUUCCCUGUGUGAUGCAGACCGUUUAUGCCCCAGUGAUAUCAACCCUCUCACCCUGGAUCCCCCUGAGGUUAUAAAAGAAUAUGAAGAGUCAGUGUUCAUAAACUGCACCAGCACAGAGGAGGAUCAUGCGGGGAUGUACUGGACUGUUGGAAACACAAACUCUGCAAUGGAAUAUGACAAUAGUUAUAUCCAAGCGCCACUGUCAAACUGGGAUGUAGCGGCAGAGUGCAAAAUAAAGCUAAAUGACACUCAUGAAUGCAGCAAAGACCUUAAAAUAACUGUAUACAAGAAUCCAGAAAUGGUCAGCCUUUUUCCUACAAGGUAUGUACCUACAGUGGAAAGGACACUGUUCGAACUGCAGUGUGACAUCAUUGAUGUUGCUCCUGUUCAAAACCUCACUGUGAGGUGGUACAAAAACAAUCAAGCCAUCAGGAUAGACUCUUUCACCAACAUAACCAAAACACCAGUAAAUGAGUCUUCUACGCUUGCAGUCAACAUCAGCAGAGAAGAAAACGGAGCUGAGUUUAGAUGUGAGGCCCAGCUGGACUUUGGGUCACAUGGAUCACAACCUGUUACUUCUCACACAUACACUGUUGCUGUGCACUAUGCUCCUGAGCUCAAGAACAAAACGGAAGAUGUCUAUGUGAAUGAAUAUAAUGAUGUCACCCUGAACUGUGAUGCUGAGGGGCACCCUCCUCCUCACUUUCAUUGGACAUGUGAUGGGUUAAAUAUCUUGGAGAACACAAAUAAUCUCAAAAUCACUCGAGUAAUCAGCAGCACAACCUGCAACUGCACAGCUACCAAUAAUCUGGGAAGCAUAAAUAAGCAAAUCCAUGUUCAUGUGAUACCUAGAGGUUGCCCAUUAGUAGUGACGCCUGCUGAAAUGGUGGUGAGAUUUGGAGAUCCAGCUUCAGUUAACUGCAGCACAGAUGCAGAUGUUCAACAAAUGGGCUGGGAAGCACCAGUUGGAGCCACAUCAACUCCAGGUCCUGCUGUCAUCUGGACAGUUGAAAAACUGGAAGACUGGCAGAUAAACCCUUUGUGUGUCAUUAAUCUGAAAGAUACUUACCAGUGUUCUAAGAAUCUAACCAUCACUCUUUAUAAGACUCCAGACAUUGUGUCAGUCUCUGUGUUAUAUGAUGGGCCGAUGGUGGAGGGCACAGAGUACCACUUGAAAUGUGACAUCAUCAAUGUUGCUCCUGUUCAAAACCUCACUGUGAGGUGGUACAAAAACAAUCAAGCCAUCAGGAUAGACUCUUUCACCAACACAACCAAAACACCAGUAAAUGAGUCUUCUACGCUUGCAGUCAACAUCAGCAGAGAAGAAAACGGAGCUGAGUUUAGAUGUGAGGCCCAGCUGGACUUUGGGUCACAUGGAUCACAACCUGUUACUUCUCACACAUACACUGUUGCUGUGCACUAUGCUCCUGAGCUCAAGAACAAAACGGAAGAUGUCUAUGUGAAUGAAUAUAAUGAUGUCACCCUGAACUGUGAUGCUGAGGGGCACCCUCCUCCUCACUUUCAUUGGACAUGUGAUGGGUUAAAUAUCUUGGAGAACACAAAUAAUCUCAAAAUCACUCGAGUAAUCAGCAGCACAACCUGCAACUGCACAGCUACCAAUAAUCUGGGAAGCAUAAAUAAGCAAAUCCAUGUUCAUGUGAUACCUAGAGGUUGCCCAUUAGUAGUGACGCCUGCUGAAAUGGUGGUGAGAUUUGGAGAUCCAGCUUCAGUUAACUGCAGCACAGAUGCAGAUGUUCAACAAAUGGGCUGGGAAGCACCAGUUGGAGCCACAUCAACUCCAGGUCCUGCUGUCAUCUGGACAGUUGAAAAACUGGAAGACUGGCAGAUAAACCCUUUGUGUUUCAUUAAUCUGAAAGAUACUUACCAGUGUUCUAAGAAGCUAAACAUCACUCUUUAUAAGACUCCAGACAUUGUGUCAGUCUCUGCGUUAGAUAAUGGGCCGAUGGUGGAGGGCACAGAGUACCACUUGAAAUGUAACAUCAUCAAUGUGGCUCCCGUGCAAAAGCUCAAAGUGACGUGGUACCGUGGCAAUGAAACUGUGCACGCAGAAGUGUUUAACGAGACCAGUAAGGUCCCAGCAAAUGUGUCCUCUACCUUAAGAGUCACUCCGGUGGGAGAUUACAACGGAGAACAUUUCAUAUGCAAGGCUGAUCUACAGCUUGGACAAAAUGGACCAGAGACCGACCCUACUGUAACCUCAUCUCCUUACAUGGCUGUUGUGUACUAUGCCCCUGUGUUCAAGGAGGGAACUGACAAUAAGGAGGUGAACCUGGGUGAAAAUGUGACUAUUGACUGCAGUGCUGAGGGCAACCCUGUCCCUAAGAUCCUUUUGAACUACAGCUCUGCAGUGAAUGUGAAAGAGACCAUCAGGGGGCGCCAGAAGGGCAUCAGCAUCACAGGAGCCACGUCAACCAAUGCUGGUGUUUACAGCUGUGAUGCCAUCAAUGAAGUUGGGAGAGUGACAAGAUAUGUCACGCUGACGAUGAAAGGUAAAACCAGUCCAGUCUCCUCACCAACCAUUUGGUGGUUGCUAAUUAUAUUGAUCGCCGUCCUCAUCCUCAUCAUCCUGAUCAGUGUCCACAGCUACAGCAAAAAACAUGGACAAUAUAGUUUUGUCCCUGACAAAGCCAAUGAUGGUUCAGAAAUCCCAAUGACUCCUCAGUCUAACGGGGUGCAAGCUUAGGGUAUAUAUUACUUGCUGCAUGGGUAAGAUUAAUGUCAUUUGUCUUCUUGCAUGACAAGAAUGACCUGUAAAUAUUGUAUUUACAUUUUAACUUUGGUAUGGUAUGAUUCUAGGUUUACACCAAUGAAGACCAAUGUCAAAAUGAAUAAUUAGGAGAAGUCUUGUUUACCAAGUAGUGCUACAGGUGUAUUAUAACAUGCAUUUUUCUUUGUGGGACAUUCAAUUCUAACCUAGGUUUUUUUUUAAAUUCUUAAUAAAGUUACACAAUAGCCUA